AUGUUCCGGACGAUUUCUUCUAUGCUCGACAAGACGAAUAUGUUGAUGUCACAAUUCCGCGUUGUCAAGAAACAGAUGGAUAGCGUAGGGGCAAAUGGAAAACAAUCCGCCUCUCAAAUCGAUGAUGCGAACUCAACGACAACAUCGGGAUCAAAUCCUCCAAUUAGAAAAAAGAGAGCCAGGUCAGGAGACGCGAACGAGAAUGGCACGGAAUUGAGCAGGCUACAAGAAAGUCGCUCGCAAAAGCGAAAGCGCGUGGAAAUUCUAGGAAACGACGAGGACUUGCGGAACACAACGCCAGUCUCUGCUGAAACAGAGGAUAUCUCUGAGGAGGUCCAGCGACGACUGUUGAUCAAGGAAGAGCAGCGAAAAAAACGCAGUGCUAAGCCUGAGAAGCGGAAACGUGAUAGAGAUAGUCUUCUCUCGAACGAUGGCAUUUUGUCGCUGGGAGAUGCAGCAAGGCCAAAGAAGAAGAGGCGAGAGGAACAGACAGGUUCUGACUGA